AUGAACACUCAAAACUUUGAUGAUAAACCCGUUGUUACCAAAUCAAAAAGGGGAAGAAAAGCUCUUGCUGUAAGCGAAGGUCAUAUAGACACAACUGGAAGAACUCAUAUCAUGACAGUUAGAAGGUCCAAUCCCCCGACACCGAAAAAAAAGGCUCCAAAGGCUCCAAAAGCCAUAAAGCAAAGCAAUAAUUAUUGCAGACGAUGCGAGCAAAAUGAUGAAUAUAUCGACGUACUUAAUGAUCGAAUUGGCAAAUUAGAAAAUUUGGUAAAUAAGUUGACUAACGCAACAAAACACAAUAAUAAUUCGCAAAAAAAUCCUCAAACGCUGUCUAAUAUUGGAACGGAAGAACUUUUUAAUCUAUCUAAUCAAAUAA